UACCUCAUAUAAUAACAUUACAGGACGCUCCCCCGUGCUCUCAGGCUUCCCUCCCACUGCAUAUACGAUACGCCCUGUGCCGUGUAGUGGGGAUUAGUGCCCGGUGUCACACGCGGCAGUGCCGGAUGUAAGCAGCGCUAGGUGCCGGUGUUCUGUCACCGCCGAGGCCGCCUGGAUCCUUUCUGCGGAUCUGCAGCACCUCCCGGCCGGAUGAAAGCGGCAGCUCCAGCGCUUGAACCUCCAUUUCAGAUCGGAGAAUGAAUGAUGCAGAAGCUGCUCGGCUAUCUCCGGGGCAGCCCGCGGCCAAAGCUGGGCUAUGGGAAAUACUGACUCGGCUGAGCAGGAAGCUCUUCACAUGGUAUGUUUUGAAGACUCUUGCUCUCGGCCAGGUGCUCUCUCUCUUUAUCUGUGGCACUGCAGUGACCAGCCAAUACCUAGCAGAUGUCUAUAAGGUGGACACUCCAAUGCUACAAAGCUUUAUUAACUACUGUCUGCUAUUUUUGGUGUACACGACAUGGCUGGCAUUUAGAACAGGAGAAAAUGGUCUAAUAUAUAUCUUAAAAAAAAAAUGGUGGAAAUACAUAUUCCUGGGAAUUGCCGAUGUGGAAGCAAACUAUGCCAUAGUUAAAGCUUACCAGUAUACAUCCAUUACUAGUGUGCAGCUUCUGGACUGUGUUGGAAUCCCUGUAUUGAUGGCUCUUUCUUGGUUUAUUCUUCGCUCGAGAUUCAGAUUGAUCCAUUACAUUGCUGUUGUGGUUUCUCUGUUGGGAGUUGGGGCUAUGGUUGGCGCUGACAUAUUGGCUGGAAGAGAGGCAGGCACAGCCAGUAACAUGCUGAUUGGUGAUCUCUUGGUUAUACUGGGUGCCUGUUUGUAUGCUGUAUCAAACGUAACCGAGGAGUAUGUAGUGAAAAACCUGACCAGGGAGGAGUUUCUAGGAAUGGUGGGCCUCUUUGGGACAUUUAUCAGUGGAUUGCAACUUAUUAUUGUGGAGUACACGGCUAUUGGAAACAUACAGUGGGACUGGAAAGUCGUGCUGCUAUUUGCAGUGUUUGCUCUCUGCAUGUUCGGACUCUAUAGUCUGAUGCCAAUAGUGAUAAAAGUCACAAGUGCCACCUCCGUGAACUUGGGCAUCCUGACUGCUGACCUCUACAGCUUCUUUUUUGGACUCUUCUUGUUUGGGUACAAGUUCUCUGGCCUGUACAUCGUGGCAUUUGUCGUUAUCAUGGCAGGUUUUAUCAUGUACUGUAGCACCGCCACUUACAAUAUCGAACAACCUCCAGAGUCUCCUGUUGCUGGUACAGUGGACAGUGCAAUGAAGGACGAGGAGAAUGGCGAGGAGCAGGCUACUUCUCUGCACUACAUCCCAGAGGAGCUACAAGCGCAUUCAGAUUAGACUACAGAGACUUUUACAAGGAUGUUGUGAAAAAGCACAUAACCUCUCAUAGGGACCAAGAUACACAGUAUCAUGUUUUCUACUGUUAAACAUAUGUUAAUACUUUAUUUUUAAAGUUUUUUUUAUAGUUGUCAGACCUAGAAUUAUUCCGUUAUUGUUUUAACAGUUAGGAAGAUGGGGUUGUUUUAAACCCCUGCUUUUCCUUGAAACCACAGUAACAAAACGCCUUUGUUUGGUUUUGGUGCAAACUGCAGUAAGUUAUUGUGCUGUUUUCGUGUCAUUUGUAGUGAUGAUACACUCCCCCCCCCCCCCUUAUUGCACAGCUUCUACAAAGCUUUAUUUAGUUUGAUUUCUCAGUUCUGUUUUUAACCAGGAUUACUUGAAUAUUUUUGAAGUAUUUCAUUUGCAAAAUUCUCACUUUUUUAUUGAAAAUAUCUUUUCAGUUGGAAAGUGUGAUAUUGUGUUUGUAUCCUGUGAAACAAAUGUGCCUUUUUAUCUAAAGCUUUGACUGAUACAUUUAAUAUCUAUGUCCAUUUUUAUGAAAUUAUUUUGCAGUUUUUUUUUUCUCCUACAAAACUGGAUUUUAUUUUAUUUGACUUUAAAGGGACAGUUUGCGUCUUUCCCUAUGCAGUAAAAGCCACCAUCACUUUGAAGGAAUUAAUUGGUUCAUAAUAAUGAAUUUCUCUGUAUAACCUGUGCACUGUAAAAUAGGUUGUCAGUGAAACAGUGAUCGUUUUUUACUACAAGCUUUUGUGUUUUGCGAAUACGGUUGUAUUACAAAAUGUUUCUGCUGUGCAUUUCAUUCUGAUUACAAUGGGAUCAUGAAAACUGUAAAAUUUUAUUCUACCAUUUUUUUAUUAUUAUAUAUAUAUAUUUUUAUAUAAAAUGUAUUGAUGUUAUCUUCCUGUAAUAGCCAAACGUAUUGAUAUGAUAUAUUAUUUUGUAUAAUUUUGAUAUUACAUUAAAGGGACAUGAAGCCCAUAUUUUUUUCUUUCAUGGUUUAGAAAGAACAUGCCAUUUUAAACAACUUUCUGAUAUACUUCUAUUAUCUAAUUUGCUUCAUUCUCUUGAUAUUCUUUGCUGAAAAGCAUAUCUAGAUAGGCUCAGUAGCUGCUAAUUAGUGGCUGCACAUAGAUUCCUUGUAUGAUUGGCUCACCUGUGUGCAUUGCUAUUUCUUCAAAAAAGAAUAUCUAAAGAAUGAAGCAAAUUAGAUAAUAGAAGUAAAUUGGAAUGGUGUUUAAAAUUGUAUCCUCUAUCUGAAUCAUGAUAUAAUUUUUUGGGGGGUUUAAUGUCCCUUUAAUUGUUUCUACUCUGCACCCAAACAAGAAGGGUGGAGAUAGCUUUGUGCAUCCCCAGCUUUUGUGUGUUUGAGCUUGACUUUCUGAUUUUGGUGUUUUCAAAAGAUACGCAUUCCACAUAGAUCAGAUAGUUGUACAGAUUAGCAGUUUGUUUUCUUUAAAUAAAAUUUACAAUACAAAGCAACAAAUUUUAAAAAAUUUUUUUUAAAGGGACAUUUAUAUGGUCGCAUUAACUAUCACUUCCAAUUCUCUAGAAAGACUACAGUUCAUGGAAUUAUUUAAAGAUAUAUUCUGUAAUUGUGUCUAUGUUUUAAAAUCAAACUCUCCCUAUUCUUGCGCUAUCCACCCUACAUCUGGCUAACCUUUUCUUUUAUUAUUAUUUUUAAUGGCAACGCACUGCCAAGUGCUUUUUACUUCAGGGGAGAGAAAUGCUGCCCAUAUGCUCCCUCAAUGCUAAAUAUAAGACAUUGUAUUUCAAAUCUGUGUGAAGUUGUGUGGGGUUCUUAUUUUUCCCUUUUUUAGUUAUCACUGUGCUUUUGUGUAUGUACUGGGCUCCAUCACUCUGGAGUGUUUAGUCUCAGACUCUCUGCUUUCCACCCUAAUAUAGGUAGAGAACAUAUAUAUUUAUGUUCCUCGCAGUUGUUUUAUUUCUCCAAGCUGAUAAUAUAUCUGAUUUUUUUUCUCAACAUGGAUAGAAAUCUGCUAUGGAAUAAAAACUUAUAUCCUGGAUGACUGUAAACACACUUUUUUUUUUUUUUUUUUACCCCCUUAUCUUGUACUUUUAUAUAAUUCCAAUCUGUAUCACUUUUUAAUAUCUUAGUAUUAAAAUAAUUCCUUUAAAAUAUGCGUGAACAAAAACAUAUACAUAUAUUCAGUGAACUCUUGCACAUGCCCAGUAGAAGCCAUUGACUCAAAGUUUAAAUAUAAAAAGAUGGUGCACAUUUUGUUAAUGGAAGUAAAUUGGAAAGUUGUUUAAAAUUGCUGUUCUAUCUGAAUCAUAAAAGUAGAAUUUUGACUUGUGGUCCUUUUAAUGCAUCACUAUACUGUCUCUCCUUAAAGGGACAGUAUACUGUAAAAUAGUUUUUCCCUUUAAUGUGUUUACAAUUGCUUUUUUUUACCAACUGCAGAGUAAAAAAAUGUAUGAGAAUUAGCUUUUUAGUGUUUAUUUGUGUAUUUUAAAGCUCUGAUUUUGUGUUUUGAAGCCACAACCUAAUAAAAUGGGUUGAGCUUGUAGGUAUAAUCAGAUCUCAUUACUUUAUCACAUUGUGUACAUAUACCUGCUUCUUUAUCUUAUAUCUGUCCAUAAAACAAUCACCAGUACUUGGAGAGAACAAUGGAAAAUCAACAUUUUAUUACCUUAUCUCUGCUAUAUCCCACUGGGAGUGUAAUUUCUUCUGCUGGCUGUGUUUACAAAGCUUAUCUAUAGCUUGGACCUGCGGCCACAAACUUUCAGUAUAGGUGGGGAUACCACAGGCUAAAACAACUAUUUCAAAUGCCGAUAUAAGGGCAAAGGAGCUACUUGUAAACUAUUUUAUACACUCCAGCAGGUAAAGUGGAUCAUUUGGAACAAAUUAAAGGGGAGAAAAAUUUUGAGUAAACUGUCCCUUUAAUUAUUUAUACUAGAAAAUAUAAAUAUAUAUUUAAAAAAAAAAUGUUCAAGUGUUUAAAAGAAGUGUCCUUGACAUUACAUACUGUAGACACUGUUCCUGCAUAACUGUACAAUAUCAAGGUUAUGUUAUCAUUAAAAAAAAAAACAUGUAUAUGCUUCCUAGGUGCUAUAAGUGUUUUAAUAGGAAAACAUAGAGCAAAUAUGACUAAAGUCAGUUUUUUUUCUAAGUAUAAAAUACAUUUUGUAAAAUAAUAAGAGGCUCAUUUGUUGGUUGAUGUAACACUAAAAUAGAGUGUGAAUAUUUUAUACAAAACCUUUUCUAGUUUUUAAAUUAAAUCUUUUUAUAUCUGGGAAACAUCUCUACUUUUGGCUUGUAAAUAUUGUUAGAUUUUACUUCAAUGUAGAAUUAGGAGAUUAGAGAUUUUUUUGCAUAUUAAAUUGCAUUGCUUUCUAUUGUUGAUAUACUGAAAUUAAAAAAUUAGUUUUUUUGUGCCCUUUGAUUUUUAGAUUAUUUUUUUAGUGUUAAUUUAAUUACUGGUUACAUUUGAAUCAAUUAAAAACAUUUGAUGUCCAUGGCUACUUUUGGGUAAAAUCUGAAUUGAUGGUGGGGAUUUCCUGUUAUAUCUUUAAAAUAACAGAAAAUGUUUUAAAGGUUUUUUUUUUUCCCUCCAAAUAAUAAAAGUUGUUGCUUCUACUGUAACUAGUUCAUGUUAUUUAAAUCUAAAGUACUGCUAUUACAGAUGAUACCCACAUUUUUUUUUUAUUGUAUAAUUAAAAGUUGGUUUAUUUUUUGUUAAACCUUUAAAAAAACUUUUAUAAAUAAAAUGAUUCUUGAAAAAAAAAAUCAUUGAUAA